UGUCAUUUGUCAGUAGUGUUUGGUUUGGCGUUUAAUUUUCGGUUAUCAGUAUUUUGCCAAACAAAUCUAUAAAUAUCUGGAAAAUAAUGAUAUGUUUGUAAAAUUUACCCCAUCAUAAAAUAUUCGGUUGACCGAAAGUAAGUGCCGUUAACCAUAUUUUGUAUUUAGGUCAACCGCUUAUGAACAAAAUUGGUUACCGAUAAUCUGCAGUUUGUGUAUCCUCAAAUAUUGUAUUAAUGAUACAAGAAGUUCCCUGACAUGGCUGAUAAUGAUGACUAUUUAGAUUCGAUUGACAACAAUCAUCUAGACGGGACCAACGGUUCCCUAAACAUGACCGACAGCAGCCUUGGCGGUGGGGAUGAGGCAGCUGGGGGAGAGGUGCCGGACCUGGCGGCCAUCAAGGCGCGUGUGCGCGAGAUGGAAGAGGAGGCAGAGAAGCUCAAACAGAUGCAGACGGAGGUGGACAAGCAGAUGAGCAUGGGCAGCCCGCCUGGCCUCACAAGUCCACUGAACAUGUCAAUUGAGGAGAAGAUAGAGGCGGAUAACAGAUCCGUGUAUGUGGGCAAUGUGGACUAUGGGGCUACGGCUGAGGAACUUGAACAACAUUUUCAUGGCUGUGGCUCCAUUAAUAGGGUUACAAUAUUAUGUAAUAAGUUUGAUGGACAUCCUAAAGGAUUUGCGUACAUAGAGUUUGGAGACAAAGACAGUGUACAGACCGCCAUGGCCAUGGACGAGUCGUUAUUUAGGGGGCGUCAGAUUAAGGUGAUGCCCAAGCGCACGAACAAGCCGGGGCUGUCGUCCACGAACCGGCCGCCCCGCGGCGCGCGCGGCCGCGGCCGCGGCUUCCGCGGCGGCUACUCGUCCUACUACUCCGGCUACCGGCCCGUGCGGCGCGGCAGAGGUUACAGGCGUGGCAUGUAUUACUCCCCCUACUGAGUGCGGUAGAGGGGCCGCCCGCGUAGUGUAAGCGCUCUAACGUUAGUGGGCC